AUGCGCCUCGCCAGCCCCUCAGUCCUAAGAGGACGGCUUUGUAUGCCUUUCCGUCGUUUCUACUCAUCAUCCCGUACAAUUCAAGAAAAUGACGUCCUCUUUCUACGACAGCAGGGCAAAAGAGCUCCCAAAUGGCACCUUACCGCUCCUCUCCGCGCCGACUCUCGAAUACGUCUCUCUUACGGUGGCUCCGUCAACUCAUCCGACCUGAUUGGCCGCAGUGUGCUCGAUACAGUGGUGGACAGCUCGGGCCGCAGCGUCGUGCUGCAUGAGCCGUCCAUGGCAUCCUACAUCAUCAACAGCGCGCGGUAUGCCACGCCGAUCUAUCCCCAUGAUGCCAACAUCAUCGUCUCACUCCUUGACUUGAACCUCCCUCGUCCUGGCGAAGAGGAGUAUGACACCAACCAGACGCCUCAGCCGUUCGAGAUAUUCGAGGCUGGAACGGGCAUGGGCAGUCUAACGCUGCAUCUUGCUCGGGCUCUUCAUGCUGGAAACCCAGCCGUGCCUCCCAGCUUGCGCAACGCCCUCUGCAGUGCCCGGUAUAAAAGGGACGAAUUCGGCCUCGACCUCUCCCCCGAGGUCUCAGCCGAGUACGAAACCUACCGUAACAAUCGCCGUGCUAUACUACACACUCUCGAUCGCAACCAUAAGCACUCGCGGGCGGCGCAUAGCCUCAUUCGCCAAUUCCGCCGUGCACUCUACUUCCCCACCGUCGACUUCCACAUCGGCUCCAUCGACGAAUACAUCUCCUCCCGCCUUGCUCAGACAGACAACGAGCCCUUCCUCUCCCAUGCCAUUCUCGACCUCCCCUCGGCGCACGACCACGCCGGCCCCGUCAUCCAGGCCCUCCAGCCCAACGGCCUUCUCAUCAUCUUCACCCCGUCCAUCAGCCAGAUCGCCGACUUCCAAGCCUGGAUACUCCGUUCAGGACAGCCCAUACGUCCAGAGAGGGUCAUUGAGCUGCCUGUCUCCACCACGGCUGAUGGUGUACGUGACACCGGUGGCGGCAAGGAGUGGGAUGUCAAGACAGUCAUUCCCAAGGACCAACCUGACGGUUCCCCUGUGCAGGUCAUGCGACCCCGAGUUGGUGAUCGCAUAGCCGGCGGUGGAUUCGUUGCUGUAAUGCGUCGAUGGCCCGCUGGGCAGGUGCCGUCUGAAGCUCAGUCCUUGGGCGAUGAGGCUGUUUCUGAGCUGGAUGAGCUCACUGGGACGGAUGAGGUGCCCGAGAGUGAGAAGCCAUCGGAGACCUCAUAG